AUCUAAAAAGAAUUACGCCAAUAGAUAACGGCGCGCAAAUUUUAUUUUCGAAACGGAAAUGACGUGAUUUGUUGUCACCCAUCCUCCGCGCUGUCGUCAUCAGUGGCAUGGAUUGGAAAACCGAUUGAGUGACUACCGUUACCUUCGCGAGUCUCGCUGGAUUAUAGCCGCUUUCAAAAUUUGAAAUGUUAAUGACUGGGCUUUAAAUAUCGCCCAUAUAAGCCACACCGUGAACAUUAAUUGUGCUAAAAUACGCGUGUUUUCUCUACUUCUCUUGUUACGAUUCUUACGUAGCUAGCAAGUUUUGCUCCCGCAACCAAAAUGGCGGACAAUGAAGACGAUAAUAAUUCAGCGUCCAGCUCUGCUGCAGCUAAAAUGGAAAACGUGGACUCCGGCGGCUCUCUGCAGUCCGAGGCAACACAAACUGCAGCCGGGGGUGAAAACAAUCCCCAGGGAGAGAGUAAUGAACCAUGCACCGUGAACCCGUCUGAAGAAGGGGGCGUUGAUCAAGGCCUCACCGAGGUAACGUUAAUGCACAGCGACUCGGGGAUGGAUGUGAAAGUUGUGGACGGUAACAUUACUCAAGAAGUGAUCGGGCAGAUAGUGGCCGGCGAGGUAGUGACCGAUCCGAGUAUCAUAGCGUCUUAUAUUCAGAGUGCUGCGGAGGCUGGUGUGACCGCUGAAUGCACCACCGUCAGCGGUGAAGUCUUGAGCGCGCUCUCGCCGACGACCACUAUCAUUUACGUGCAGCCUGACGGCAGUUUUGUGGAGAGUUCGGGGUUGUCGGCCGAGGAGCAGCAACAGUUAAUCGAGCAGUUAGCAAAACAACAGUUAGUCCAUGUGGCGGGGAGCGAGGCGGCUUUGAAAUCCACGGCUCCCAUCGUGGACGUGCAGCAGCUUAUAGUGAAUAAAGCGCAGGUGAUCGCCCAGGCAGAGACCGCUGCUGCUUAUACAACGAGCCCGAAGACCCUGCAGAGAGCUGUCACGUCGCAUCCGACAUCUCACAUUACGUUUGAUGCGACUAAUUUGCAGGCGGCGGCGGCGAUUCAACCGCAGCCCGUGAGCGUCGUGCAGAACGCGUCGCAGCAGCUGCAGAGCGCCGCCAAACAGGUCGCGCUGCAGCACUCGCAGAACGGCGCGCACACGACCAGCUCAAAGGCAGGUGAGCCCAUCCAAAUUCAAGUGCAGAUCCCACCGAAGUCAGACAACAAGCAGCCCCAGACAACUCCAAUUACAAUUUUUCAGCCACAUAAUCUCUCUGCCGGUCAGCCGAUUGUAAAGGUAUCAACUAUAGGGACAUUGAGCAGCCCACAGGUGAUCCACAUUACGCCUAUGCCUGGACAACAGCAGUAUUUCUUACAAAACCCAAAUGAUCCUCCUAUCCAGCUUCUCCUUCAGAAACCAACUCCUGUGGUUAGCACCAUUACUGUUCCCGUCACCCAUACGGUUGUUCCUGCGGCUUCCGUGGUCAAGUACCCAUCAGCCAAACCUGCUAUCAGCCCAGCCCCGACUACAAAGAUCUUUGUACCGACAUGCAAACCUGCUGUUGUCCAAGCCAUGCCUACAAAGAUCCUCACGCCAUCAGCCAAACCUGCCCUGGUCCAAACCACGACCACAAAGGUUCUUACACCGUCAAUCAAACCUGCCGUUCUCCAAGGCACGCCCACUAAGGUCCUGCCACCGUCAGUCAAACCCUCUGUUGUCCUAACUCCCCCCGCAAAGAUCCUUGCACCAUCACCCAAACCCGGUGCUGUCCCAGCAACACCCACAAAGAUCCUCACCCCGUCUACGGAAGUUUUAUCCCCUCCAGCCAAGAUUACAAUGCCUACCAAAGUCGUAACUGCUUCAACCCAAGCCACCGGAAAGGAAAAACCGAAAGUGAAGAAUCGAGAGAAGAAGCCACAAAAAAUCAAGACCCGCUCCGGUCGGGUGUCCAGACCACCUAAGCACAAGGUGAAAGACUAUAAGUUUAUUAAAAACGAGGAUUUAGCAGAAAGCCACCAGUCGGACUCGGAUGACUACUCUGAGAUUAGUGUGGAGGAUGAGGAUGGAGAGGAGCGCAGGAAGAAGAGCUCGGAUGUGACCCUCAACCUUCGUGACAAAGCCUUUAAAUGUGAAACCUGUGAGAAAGCCUACAUUGGUGUCGCUGGUUUGAACAGACACUAUAAGCUAAAUCCCACACAUGACAAGAACCAGACAGCCUCCCGAGCAGAAGACGACAGCAACAUUACAGAGGAACAAGCAACAGGAACUGAAGUUCCUGAUUCUAGUCUUGCAAAAGUACAAAGUAUUCAAAAAGUUCAAGAAACUCUGAAUGUCGAAGUCAGGAGACCCGGGCGGCCCAGAGGACCAGGGAGACCUGGUCGCCCUAGAAGGCCUGGUCGACCACCUAAGAGAGGACGUCCAGGACGGCCACCCAAAUAUCCCGGAGGAAUGAGUUUGGAGCAACAAGCACAAAGACAGAGAAAUCGUCUGAGAGAAUUUAUUAAGCAGUACGAUGAUGAAGACCUCAUGGAAAUAGUUCUUCCACGUCUAGCCAGAGUCAUGACCGUAUGGGAGUUUGUGUUGAUGAAGGUGGAAAAGGGCUAUCCAUCAAAGCAACAGUUCCCUAGUGUGUAUCGAGAGUUUGAGCAACUACACAGCCAGGUGAAAGAGAUGGCCCUGGAGUAUCUUCAUACUUCACCAGCCAGUCGGCCAGCUAUAGAGGUCAACAACAUGGGGGUUUUACAAUCUCUAGGUAUAACAGAUCCUAAUGCGCUGAAACUCCUGAAUUCCUCAGAAGGGCAACAGAGUCAAAAGACAGAUCAGCCAGAGAUAAGAACAAAUCAAGCCACCAAGAGCCUGCGGAACAUUGAGAAUGCCAAAAUGUUGCCUCCUGCAAAAAGGUUCAAGAUAGAAAACUGCAACGAGGAAACAAACGGCUAUCAAGUUAACCAGAAUGGCAUCCAGAAGGAUGAGACAGCAGAUGUCUCCUCUGUGCUCCGAAAGCCUCAGGUGGUGUUGACCAGACUGGAGAACUUGACUUCUGUAGGUGUAACUGCUGAAGAUGGCACACAGAACAUCGAAAAUGCUGCUCCCCCGAGGACGGAGGAAGAACCGAUGGAAACAGAUCCCCCACCUUCUGAUUCCGACAAUACGAAACCUGACGAAGACCCCGAUCCGGAGAUCUCCAAGGUUCUAAACAGCAGCGUGGCUGUCGAUAUCGCAGAUCAGAUGAAACAACUGGAACAGGCUUUGAGCACAGACCUAGAAUGUAAGAACUCCCAAGAACCCCCUCUGCAAGAGGUUCAAGAGGCCCAGGCCGAUGCUCUUGAAGAGCCCGCAGCCAAUCAGGAGGUCCAGGCUGUACUUGAGCAAGAAUCUCCGGUUAUUAUCCAGACGGCCGAGGGGCUUGUUAUGCAAAGCGCAGAGGAGUUAGCUGCCAAAGGCAUUGUCAUCGUCAACGGGCCCGAUGGGACCAUGAUGCACAUCGAGGCGCCCGAAGGGGUUCCUUUAGAGACCGUUCACGCCCUGCUCGGCAUUGAAACCGAAAGAAAGACUUGAUUGAUUCGCAUGAUCAAUUCCUGUUCUUGUCCAUUAAUCACAACAAGAAUACGUUCUUUCUGUGUAAUGGUGUUUUUCAAUGAACUUUUUAUUGCAUUCUUUGUAAAUUUGUAUAAAAAAACAGUAUUAUCCUAAGUGUUUUUUUUUCUGUUUAUAUGAAAAUGUCAGCGUUCUUUUGGAAUUUAAGACCAUGUUGAUUUGUGUUUGCAUAUCUUAACUACAAUUUGUUUUUGGAGUCCUUAUCUAUGUAGCUGGUUCAGCAGUGUAAUGUGUUUUUUAAAGGGAUAGAUCCCCCAAUUAUGAAAAUUCUGUCAUCAUUUACUCCACCUCAGAUUGUUCCAAAACUUUAUAAAUGUCUUUGUUCCGCUAAACACAAAGGAAGAGAUUUGGAAAAAUACUAGUAACCAAACAAUUUCAUCCCCCAUUGACUGUCAUAGUAGGGAAAAUAAAUACUACACGAGUCAAUAGGAUACAGCCUAUGUUUGGUUACUGACAUUAUUCCAAAUAUCUUUCUUUUUGUUUAGCAGAACACUGACAUUUAUACAGGUUUGGAGGUAAACUGACAGAAUUUACAUUUUUGGGUGAUCUUUCCCUUUAAGGAGAAUGAAACUGAUGAGUUGACACACUGAAAAUUUUGGAGGGUUUCCUCAUGGUUUCAUUUGGUUAAAGCCAUGCUUUAUUGGUGCUUAUGAGAAAGAAAUCUGCCAAAUUCAAUUAUUGCAAGAUUUAGAAAUGAGAAACACAAAAGUGUCUAAAAAACACUUUAUUUGUCCACACAUUAUUCCAUUUAGUGAAAUAUAUAAAGAAUAGUUUAUGUCGGAGACCCAAGCUAUAGUUGCAGUUCAGUGAUACCACAUGAUAAGUCAUUUUUAUUCACACAAGUUUCAUUAUCAAUUAGUUCCCUUUAGUUUUGGACCGAAAACACAAUAUUUUGUUUUUUUCGUCUUACAUGGUAACAGGGUGGAUGUUGCUGUUUUAUAACAUGUCACUCCAAACAGCGACAGAUAGCUCUAGAUUUGUAAAACAAAGGGAAGACAUGAUGCGCUUAUAGUAUUAAACGGCAGCCGCGGCUAUGUUCUGUUGUUUAUGUAACUUAGUUGUUUGUCAAGUGCAAGUCAUUUGAAAAGUUGUUGCACUAUUUUAUUACUUUUUAUAUAAUCUCUGGUUUACUGUUUUUUGAAACAUCUCGGCAUUUUUAAUACAAAGGGACAUGUUCAAACAUGACAUUAAAACUUUUGUGAGUGAG